AUGAGUUUAGAUAACAAUCGAAUAACAUCAAUUCCUGAAUUUUACAAUGGAAAGAGUGUCUUCAUCACCGGUGGAACCGGAUUUCUUGGAAAAGUUUUAGUCGAGAAACUCCUCCGAUCGUGUCCAGGAAUUGAAAAUGUUUAUCUUCUGGUUCGUUCUAAAAAGGAUAAAAGUGUCAAUGAAAGAUUAAAAGAACUGACAAAUUCUCAAGUUUUUAACACUUUACGAGAAAAAGAUCCACAAGCUAUAAGCAAAAUAGUCUUGAUUGAAGGUGACAUCACGAAGCUUGAUUUAGGAAUUUCUGAGGAAAAUCGCGAAUUACUGGCCACAAAAGUGUCAGUGAUUUUUAAUUCGGCUGCAAAUAUUAAAUUUGAUGACUCAUUGAAAGGAGUGAUAAAUGCGAACUUAAGAUCACUUCGCGAAUUGAUCAAGUUAAGCCGUCAAGUGAAAGAUUUAAAGUCUUUCAUCCACAUUUCUACAGCUUAUUCAAACUGGUAUCAAAUGGAUGUAGGGGAACAAUUUUAUCCAGCUGCAUUUGAUCCUCAUUACAUUAUUGAUCUGUGCAAUUCAUCGUCUGAUGAUCAAAUAAAUGAGGUUGCUGAAAUGCUGCUCGGUAAGCACGUCAAUACUUACACGUUCUCAAAAGCUUUAGCUGAAGAUCUUAUUUCGAGAAUAGCAAGAGACUUGCCAAUUGCAAUUGUCAGACCAUCAACAGCUUCAUGGAAAGUCGCUCAAGAUAGACAUCAAAAAUUAGCAAUUUCAGCACCAACAAUCUAUAAUUCUGUUUCCGGAAAUUCAAAUCCAUUGAAAAUAAAGAAUUAUUUCUACUUUCUUCGAGAUGCUGGAAGAAGAAACCCAACAAACAUGAUGUCAUGGUAUCCACAAACAAGACUAUACAAGACUAAGUUUUCAAAUGAUAUUGACAUUUUUUGGACUCAUUUCAUUCCUGCAUUUUUGUCAGAUAGUUAUGCUAAGAUGAAAGGUGAAAACGGAAGAGCUUUAAAGCAUUUAGAAAAUUCCAAACAUGCUUUUGAUCAAAUCAGAUUCGUCUUAAAUUCUCCAAUUAAAAUGUAUGGCAAAAAUUACAAAAAAGUUCUGGAAUCGAUGAACAAAUCAGACCAAAAAGACUUCAAUUUUGAUCCAACGACUAUUAAUUGGAAGAACUACUUUGAUAGCUAUCAUUUCGGCGUUAGAAAAUUCAUUUUUAAUGAUAAAAGUGUUGGCUCUGUUGCUGCUCAAAGGAAAUUCGCUAAAUUAAAAUACAUGAACUACAUUCUAUCAGGAUCAAUAGUUGCAUUUUCAUUAAUUGCCGUCACAAAACUUGGCAACAAAAUCAUCCGUAAAAAUGAAGAAAAUGAAAAUGUUUCGUCAUUUAAGUGA